AUGGAUUAGGCAAAUUAAUUACACCCUCUUUUUUCUGUUGACCGUACCACAAAGGAAUACUAAGAAUAAAAAAUUAAGAGAAUUUUAGAAGCAAAAUAAGAUGCUAAAUGGGAUUUCCCCAACCCUCGUGAAGGCACAGCUUUUCCUGAAAUGAAUUUUAUGGAUUUCAAAGUUAUUUAAGAUAAAAAAGAAAUCAAACUAGCAACCUUUAGAUACAAACCAACUAAUGGCUAAGAACCUAAAGCUCUUUUUUUGCUUUUCCAUGGUAUGAAUAGUAGUGUUACUCAUGGUUCUCAUAUUGCCAAAGCCUUAGCAGAUGUAGGAUUUUGUGUGGUUGGUUUCGAUCAUAGAGGUUAUGGAGCUAGUGAAGGCAUAAGAGGAUAUUUAGAAAGUUUUGAAAUUCACUUGUAAGACUGUAGAGCUUUUGUCAAUAAAGUAGAAGAAAUGUAUGGAAAAUAAAUUAAGAAAUUUAUUGGUGGUUUAUCUAUGGGAGGUAUGUCAUCCUAUAACAUGUCUCUUGAGAAUCCUCAUAGAUUUGCAGGAGUUGUUCUUUUUGCUCCAGCUCUUAAACCUGUUUAGAAGGGGUUUGCAGUCAAGUUUGUUAAAUCAAUUGUUGGAACUUUAGCUCCAAAGUGGUGCUUUGUUUAACAGACAGGUAAGAAUGCUCACAGAAGCCUUAAAUUAGCAGAAUACUAGGCAAAAGAUCCCUAUUCAUAUAUUCACAAAUUAUCUGCUGGCAGUAUAAAAACAAUUUACACUGCCAUGGAAAAAAGCUAUGAAACCUUUGGAUAAUACAAUGCUCCUUUCCUUGUCAUCUAAGGUGGUCUUGAUAAAUGUGUAGACCCAGAUCUUGCUUUCGACUUAAUGGAGAAAUCACCUAGUAAAGACAAGCAAAUUAUCUAUUAUGAAGGUAUGUGGCAUGAUAUCUGGCAUGAGCCUGAAAUUUAUGAAAUACUUCCUCAAGUUGUCGAUUGGUGUUUAAAGAGAGUAUGA